AUGUCAAAUAGUAGUGAUAUUUCAAGUGUUCAUAGUAAUGAAUCAUCUGCAUCAUCAUCUAGCAUAAAUGAAAAGCUGCAUUCUGGAUCAGAAGAAUCUAACCAAAAAAUAUUAACAACUUUUGCUGGCUUUGCAGGGAAUGUCAAUAACAUGCUAGGAUCUGUUAGCAUCUAUUCAACACCUGGAAUUGUUUGGCAAACAGUUGAUUCGCCUGGUAUUGCAUUGAUUUUAUGGAUAUUUGGUGGGUUCAUAAGUUCAUGUGGGUCAUUAACUUAUGUCGAGUUUGGAACAAUAACUUUAGAAAGUGGCGGUGAAACUGGUUUUUUCAAGAAAGCAUUUCCUGAACCAAGAUUGCUUGCGAGUUAUCUUUUUAGUUUUGCCUGGAUUUGUGCGAUAAGACCCGCAUCUUUAGGAGCGGCAUUACAGACAGUAGCACAAUACUUUCUGUUUGCUAUUAUACCACAUCCUCCUAAAGAUACAAAUGCAGAAAACUAUUGUCAAGAAUUAUACCAAUUUCAUCAACGAUUAAAUCCAAAUAAUGAAUGGGGGAUCUUAAAAAUUAUUGGAAUAGCGGCGUUGGCGAUUAUCACGCUUUAUCAUAUGCUUUCAAAUGGGUUGGCCAAUAAAAUCAACCAAGCAUUAGCAGUAGUUAAAAUGUUAACUUUGAUCGUCAUAAUAAUUAUUGGAUUUGUUCAACUUAUUAGAACAGAUAUCAGUAAACCAAAUUGGCAAAAUCCAUUUCAAGAUAUAGAAAAUCUUAAAUUACCAAAUCUUGCCAGCGCUUUGAUUUCAGUUUUUUUUGCAUACAAUGGUUGGAACAAUUUGAAUUACUCUUUGGAUGAAUUCAAAGACCCCAAAGGGAAAUUGGUAUACAGUAAUAGUCUUAGCGUUACUGUUGUGACUAUAUUAUAUGCUCUUACAAAUGUUGCCUUCAUCACAGUUGUGAAGUCUGAGGAUGUAAAUAAACCUGGAAAAGAUUUUAAUGAAUUGAUAGCGGGUACUUUUGCUAAAGAAAUAGGCGGUGAAGAUUUUGCAAGAGUAUUAUCUUUCUUUGUUGCUUUAUCUGCUUUUGGUGCCGUAUCUUCCAUGACGUGGAGGUUUCAUCAUAAAAGAUAUACACCAUACAAUGCACUUCUAGUACAAUUUGUCUGGUGUGUGAUGGUAUUUGUUAUUCUUGGAGGAGCAUUCUCUUCUGAUGCAUUCAAAUUACUAUCAGAUUUUGCCACAUAUUUUGCAUGGAUUUUUUACUUUCUUGCUAGUGUUGGUUUAUUGUGGCUUAGAUACAAAGAACCAGAAAUUCUUCGGCCAUUCAAAGUUUGGAUUGUAUUAACAGUCAUACUUGUAUGUUCGGCAAUAUUUAUAAUUAUUGGUAAUGCAAUCGAAUUAGAUAUGCAACCAACACAUCUUACACCCAAUGCUGUUUGUCAAGAAGAUGCAAAAACCAUUAAAAAUUACAUAAAAUCAAUUAUAUGUAUUGGAUGUUUAAUUGUCGGGACUGGUUGUUGUCAACUUAACUAA